CCCUAAUUGUAAGGUCAGAGGUGAAACUACCCCAAGAUGGCGGGUUUUGGUGGAGAUUCUUGGUUGUCAGAGUUUUCCAGCUGUGAGCAGCAAGCUCAAGAAAUUUUGGAGAAAAUCCAUGAAAGAAACAAGCAGCAAAGAAGUGGGGCCAACUAUUCAAAGCUGAACUCUGCCAUCAGAGUACAGAUGAAGAAAUUUUCGCGAGACCUGGUGACGUUGAGACAAGGGCUGUCCAAAGCCAGCUCAGCCUAUCACAUAACUCAGAGAGAACUAGAAAGACGACAGAACAUGUUAGACAAUCUGGCCUCCAAAGAGAAACAGCUGAACGAUGCUAGCAAAAAUGACCAAGUUGCGGCUCCCACUGAGAGGUCCAACUUGUUUGGUAACCAGGGCUCGGCGGGUUUCCAUGACGACCCCUGGGCGACCGAGGAGUCGGAGGAAACCCGCGGUCUGAACGUGUCGGACAUCCGCCAGCAGCAGACCAGAGUUAUGGACGAACAAGACCGAGGCUUAGACGUGCUGUCCUCUGUCAUCGCGCGUCAGAAACAGCUGGGACAGGCCAUCGGGGACGAGGUGGACCUUCAGAACGAGUUAAUUGAUGACAUCCAAAGCGGGGUGCAGAAGACCGACGCCAGGUUGCUGAAGGAGACGAGACACGUCAAAAUUGUGGACAAGAAGUCGGCCAACUGUGGAAUGAUCGUGGUGAUUGUCUUACUUCUGAUUGCCAUUGUGGUGGUGGCCUGCAUUCCAAAGUAAGCUGACGACCGAGACUGGAAGCAGUACUUUG